CGUUGUACUCUUCUUUGACGUUGUUUCAAAAUAAUUUAAAUUGUAAACACAUUGGCAAAUUAUAGCGAUAUAAUUUUUGUGAUGUAAAAUCGAAGAAUAUAAAAUAGUACAGAUAGUUUGAUAAAGUAAAUUUGUGAAAUAUCUGUACUAUUUGUAUGUAGUUUUAGUCAUAAAUUUAAAAAUCGAGCCAAAAAAAGACGUUAGAGAAAAGGCGGUACUAAGGGAACUUAAAAAAAAUAUUGUUGCAGUUGUAAAUUGAAAUUAAAUACAAAACAAUUGUUGCAAUUAUACUAAAUUGCAAUGGAACAAUUAAAAUGGUCAACACCAAUUAAGAGUCAAAUUGAACAUGAAAAUUUUAUAAUUAAAAGUCCUGUGAUAUAUAAGACUCCUGUGAAACAAUAUGAAUCAUCUUAUAAACAUACUACAUAUCAAAAUAAUAUAGGCUGUAUUUCUGUUCUUCCAAAUCAUAUUACUCCACCAUCCGGGUUAACAAAAUUUAUAGCAAGAAAUCCAUUUGAAACUGAUUUAACUAAUAGAUUACAUUUAUCUGUGAUGAGUCCUACUGUAUUUAGUAAGGCUUCGAAUUCAUCUCAACAAUCUACAGAAUUUUCUUGGAGUGUGGAUGAGUUAGCAUUAAUGCAUCCUGCAAAGAUAGAAGAAUAUCCUACACAACAGAUAUAUUGUACAGACCCAGAAACUGAAAUAAAAGCUCAAGCAGCUAUUGAUCAAUUUUUUACAAAGAAUGAGAUAAUUCCAAGUCCUUGGGAGGUAAAAAGGAAAGACAACAGAGCUAAAACUAAAAUUGAUUUGCCUGUGGAAUCAUCCCCAGAUGAUUUAAAUACAGAAUCACCUAGCUCUAAAAAAGAUGGUUGGUGUCAAACAGUAUUAACAUUUCCACCUGAACUUCCACCACAUAUCGCUGAGAUUUUAAAACCUUACUUUAAAUUUACUCAAGAUCAAAAUGUCGAAAGUGAUGAUGCCAAUUCUAGUAAUAAUUCUUUAAGAAGAAAAUUAUUCUGUAACCAAGAAGACUGUUUAGAUGAUAAAGAAGAAUCUUCAGUUUAUUUAUCACCAGUAAAAUCUUUGAUUUUACCUUCCAGUCCUCCACAAAGUGGAAUGUUGGUGAAUGGUGCUCCAUUGAGGCAAUCACAAAACAUGGAUUAUUGUCACAAUACAUCUCAAAUUGUAUCUCCAAGUUUAUCAUCUCCCAAUAUAUCUCCAAUACACAGCACAGUACAUAACAUAUCUCGUGAAAGUAUAAGAUCGCGAUCUCGUUCAGUUGCUCGACUAGAUUUUACCACAGAUAUGAGCAUAGACGAAUCUGUGCAACAUAAGGAGUAUCCAAACAAUCAUUCUUUAGAUGGGGCACUUAAUAAGGUCGACAAGGAAGUGAUAGAAAACAAAGCGGAUAAUCUUAUGAACUUAGACUGUAGUUAUAUGAAUGCUCAAACUGAUGUUUGUACAGAAACAAACGUUGUAAUGAGAGACUCGACUCAACACGAAUAUAAUCUUGAGAUAGAAAAUUCAAAACUUGACUCUAAGCAUUGUGAUGCUACUCGCGCGUUUAAAUGUUUAACCGAGUCGUAUAAAAUAAGUACGAAUGAAAGUUGCAUUUCUCAACAAACGAAUGCAGCAUUAGGUAUCUGGGAACAAAACUCUGCACAGGAUACUGGUUAUCAAACUUAUAGUAUGAAUAGUAUAACAAAUGUUACCGAUAAUUGUAACAGUACACCAGUAAAACAAAAAGCGUCUUGGGGUGACCGAAUUUUAUCAACUGAUGACGAAUUUCGUUUGUCUGAUUGGAAAGAAAACAUCAAAAAUAUAUUUUGUUCUACCCCAUCACGAUCAAAUAGGGAAAGAGAUAGUCAUAUAUUUUAAACAGUUUUUUAUAGUAAGUAUACGGGUUCGUCGUGCAGUCAAAAUAAAAGAUACAAAUAAUUGCUUUAGAGUUGAAAAGAACUUAAAGCAAUCACGUUAAUUAAUAUUUGUACAAAAAUAAAAGUCAUUUUAUUAUU